AUGACACUUCAGCUCGCUUACACUCGAAUACGCAUGCGACGUCCAGAGGAGCGGCGCUGGAGCCCCUUCACCCUAGCGCCCCAGCCCCAGUUUAGCAGCGCUCAGCAGCAGCCCAAGCUGGAGAUCUAUCCGACACAGCAAGUGCAAAGGAAGCCCGUGGGCAAGCCCCUCAUAUUCACCUGCCGUCCCACUGUGCCAGAUCAGUCACUGGUCACCGAUCUGCAAUGGAAGGACAAUAUGAAUAAUACGAUUUUGCCCAAGCCGAGCAAUUAUGAUCCACUAUAUGAUUCCAAGGGAAAUAAAAAGAAUGUAACGGGACGCAACCAUCCACCGAUGUACACGGAGACGCUGCCCGGCGAAAGUUUGGGCCUGAUGAUUAGCUCGCUCACCAGCGAAAUGGGCGGCCAAUAUUAUUGUACGGCUUCAUAUGCAAAUACCGAAAUACUCCAGACAAACGUUACAAUUAAAACUUAUGUCGCUAUUACCUGGACAAAUGCGCCGGAGAAUCAAUUUCCCAUACUAGGCGAUGAUUACGUGGUCAAGUGCGAGGUGAAAGCCGAUCCCAAUCCAACCAUUGACUGGCUGCGCAAUGGCGAUCCGAUACGAACAGAUUCCAAGCACGUGGUACAGACACAUGGCUUGCUCAUACGCGACGUGGCCGAAACAGAUGACGGCAUCUACACCUGUCGUGCGGCAGUCAUUGAGACGGGCGAACUGCUGGAGCGCACCAUUCGAGUGGAGGUCUAUAUCGGUCCGGUAAUUACACAUCUGCCCGCCACACUGGAGGCUGUUGAGGGCAAACCGUUUGCGGCCAAUUGCACGGCAACUGGUAAGCCGGUGCCGGAGAUAAGCUGGAUCAAGGACUCUGUGCAGCUGAAUGUGGCGAAUGCGGAUCGCUUUAAGGUGGAUGCCCAAACGGGUCUGUUGACCAUCAGCUCGGUUACCCAGGAGGAUUACGAUACCUAUACGUGCAUUGCCAAGAACGCUGCCGGCGUUGUGGAUCAGAAGACCAAGCUAAAUGUGCUCGUCCGCCCCUCCGUCUAUGAACUGUACAAUGUGACGGGUGUCAGUGGCAAGGAAAUUGCCAUCACCUGCCGCUCCAAGGGACGUCCCGCACCGGCCAUCACCUUCCGUCGUUGGGGCACCGAACAGCAGUACACGGCUGGCGUCCAAAUGGACGAUGAACGCAUCAUCCUCGAGCAAUACUUUGAUGAGGAACGCGGCGAGAGUACCGGCACCCUGCGCAUUGCACGCGCCCAGCGCACAGACGACGGCUUGUAUCAGUGCAUUGCCAGCAACAAGGGUGACACCGCCUACAAGACCGGACACAUUGCCGUUGAAUUUCCGCCAGACUUUACGCACAUGAAGGAAUUGCCGCCGGUAUUCAGCUGGGAGCAGCGCGUGGCAAAUCUUAGCUGCCUGGCUAUGGGCAUACCGAAUGCGACCAUCGAAUGGCGCUGGAAUGGACGCAACAUUAAGGAUCUGUACGAUACGAAUCUGAAGAUCGAAGGCACCGGACCACGCAGCGAUCUCAUUGUGCAUCCAGUGACCCGGCAAUAUUAUUCCGCCUACAAGUGCAUUGCCACCAAUAUCCAUGGCUCUGCCGAGCACGAUAUGCAGCUGAAGGAGGCGCGCGUACCGGACUUUGUAUCGGCAGCUGUGCCCCGCCAGCUGACGGCGACCACCAUCACCUUCGAUAUACGCGGCCCGGCCACAGAGCUUGGCCUGCCCAUACUGGCGUUCAGUGUACAAUACAAGGAGGCACUCAAUCCGGACUGGUCCACGGCUCUGAAUCGCAGCUGGUCACCCGAUUCGCCGUACAUUGUUGAGGGACUGCGUCCACAGACCAUGUACAGCUUCCGUUUUGCGGCACGCAACCAGGUCGGUCUUGGCAAUUGGGGCGUCAAUCAACAGCAAUCGACGCCGCGUCGUUCCGCGCCCGAGGAGCCCAAGCCAUUGCACAGCCCCGUACAGAACGAUAAGGAGGAACCGGUCGUCGUCUCACCCUAUUCGGAUCACUUUGAGCUGCGCUGGGGCGUGCCCGCUGACAAUGGUGAGCCCAUCGACCGCUACCAGAUCAAGUACUGUCCGGGCGUUAAGAUGGCAGGCACCUGGCACGAACUGGAGAAUCGCUGCAAUACGAUCGAGGUUGUGGAGACCACAUCGUAUCAGAUGACCGAUCUGAGCGGCAAUACGUAUUAUCGCAUCGAGCUGAAGGCACACAAUGCCAUCGGCUAUUCAUCGCCGGCAUCUAUUAUUAUGAAAACGACCAGAGGCAACGAUGUCAUCCAAGUGGCGGAACGUCAGGUUCUCUCCUCGGCGGCCAUUGUGGGCAUUGCCGUUGGCGGCGUGCUUCUUCUACUCUUUAUUGUGGAUCUUCUUUGCUGUGUGACCGUGCACAUGGGCGUCAUGGCCGCCAUGUGCCGCAAGGCCAAGCGUUCGCCUUCGGAGAUCGAUGACGAGGCCAAGCUGGGCAGUGGACAGCUGGUUAAGGAGCCACCACCAUCACCGUUACCACUGCCGCCGCCAGUUAAGCUCGGCGGCUCACCAGUGACAUCUCCAUUGGACGAAAAGGAGCCACUGCGCACACCCACCGGCAGCUUGAAACAAAACUCAACCAUCGAAUUCGACGGGCGAUUUGUGCAUUCACGCAGCGGCGAAAUCAUUGGCAAAAAUUCAGCGGUGUAAGCGACGCGACCAAAUGAGCUGCAUCAAAAACGAUCUGCACAAAACUUGCAACAGAGAAAAGUAUUGAAAAGUCGCCCAACCCCCCCCCCCCCCCCCUUUCACUUUCGCGAAAAGUAUAGAAGGAGCCGCAGCACCAAACCACAAACAUGACUAACCCAAUUACCUGUCAACCCGAAUAAACGACACGAACAAGUUGCGAAUUACAGCAGCAAAACCAAAGCCAAAGCUGUGGGAACAGCGUUAAGAAUACUGUUUUUUGAUUGGCAUAUGAGUUGGUGUUCAGUUAAAAUUUAAGUUCUAUACAAUCUUAACUAAAUGUCUUACUAUAUAUACGAUAUCUAAAGCAUACAUAAAUAAUAUUUUAAGCUCAGUACAACACACACACACACACACACACACACA